AUUCCUCCUGCCCUUGUGCUUUCCAUCCUUCCAAAGUUAGCCUAAGCCACAGGGGCACAUCACUUCUUUGCUCCGGUAACGGCUGUGGAAUCUUUGGACUUUAAGGAGUUUGAUUCUCUCUCCACACUUUUUUCCCUCUCCCUUGCUGUAUUUCUCUCAAAAACACCAGUCUUUUCAAAGAUUGUCCCUUUCGGGCACUUAGAAGUGGGAUGGAGAGAGGUUUCCUCCCUCCUCCUUUUUCAUGUUAAAGUUCUACAAAGCAUCCUGCUGGGUUUGGCUUGUUUUCGGUUUGAUUUUAACUUUGGAGAGCCAGUUUCUGUUUUGGCUGGAAGUGCCUUGUUGGGACUCGCUUCUUCAGCAAUAGCUCACUGCUCUGAGCUGGAUUCCUUAAACAGACAUGGAUUUAUAGAAUAACUCCCAUUGUGGAAGUGGGAGAAAAGAGAAAACAGUGUUGGAGAAGAAAGGAGUCAUGUUCCUGGCUAGAAGACACCAGAUACCUUCUGUCUUGAUAUUGUUGCUACUUCUCUGUAGUGGAGAGAAAACUCAGGCCCAAAGGGCAGGUUGUAAGAAUGUUCACUAUGACCUUGUCUUCAUCUUGGAUACCUCCUCCAGUGUGGGCAAGGAGGACUUUGAGAAGGUUCGACAGUGGGUGGCCAAUUUAGUGGACACUUUUGAGAUUGGACCAGACAAAACACAGGUUGGUGUUGUCCGCUACAGUGAUAGACCAACUACUGAGUUUGACCUUGGAAGAUACCAAACUCGGGAGCAGAUCAAAGAAGCUGCAAAGAACAUCAAAUAUUAUGGGGGCAAUACAAACACUGGAGAUGCCCUGAGGUACAUCAACACCUAUAGUUUUUCAGCAGAGGCUGGUGGAAGGCCAACUGACAGUGCCAUCAAAAAAGUAGCUAUUCUUCUAACUGAUGGCCGAAGUCAAGAUCAUGUUUUGGAUCCAGCCACUGCAGCACAUAAAGCGGGAAUAAGGAUCUUUGCUGUGGGUGUUGGUGAGGCACUUAAAGAAGAGCUGGAUGAAAUUGCUUCUGAGCCUAAAUCUGCCCACGUCUUCCAUGUUUCUGAUUACAAUGCAAUUGAUAAGAUCCGUGGAAAGCUGAGAAGGAGACUUUGUGAAAAUGUGCUAUGUCCCAGUGUCCAUGUAGAAGGAGACAGGUUCAAACACACCAAUGGAGAAACGGAUGAUAUUCCAGGAUUUGACCUGAUGGAACAAUUCCGGGUGCGGGAGAUAUUUGGAAUGAAAGACAAUGGGAUCCAUAGUGCUUAUGUGCGUCUUGGAAGCUUCCCCAUUGUGCAGAGGACAGAAGACGUUUUCCCACAAGGCCUUCCUGAUGAAUAUGCCUUUGUGACCACUUUCAAAUUCCGCAAGGCUUCCAGGCGAGAAGACUGGUACAUUUGGCAGAUCAUUGACAAAUAUGGCAUACCUCAGGUGUCUAUCCGGCUGGACGGUGAAAAUAAAGCCUUGGAGUAUAAUGCUAUUGGACUCACCAAGGAUGCAGUGAGAGUGGUCUUUAAAAAUGGCCGUGUCAGUGACCUGUUUGACCGUAACUGGCAUAAGAUUGCUCUGAGUAUCCAGUCCCAGAGUGUCUCCCUGUACAUUGAUUGUAAACUAGUGCAGACAUUGCCUAUUGAAGACCGAGAAAAUAUUGACAUUCAAGGGAAGACAGUGAUUGGGAAGCGCCUCUACGAUAGUGUGCCAAUUGAUUUUGAUCUUCAGCGGAUGGUUAUCUACUGUGAUUCACGGCAUGCUGAACUGGAAACAUGCUGUGACAUUCCUUCUGGGCCUUGCAAAGUGACCAUAGUUACGGAGCCUCCACUUCCUGUAAUCACACCUACAACUGGUAGUGAACAGAUUGGGCCUUCCAAGACAGUCAACUGUUCCUGUCCCCCAGGAGAAAAGGGUGAGAGAGGCUUGCCUGGUUUUGAAGGUCUGAGAGGCCAAAAGGGAGAAGUUGGAUCAAUUGGACUUUCUGGCCCAAAGGGAGAAAAAGGAGAACCGGGUGGUGGUGGAGGAGGAUUUGGCCGAGCAGAAAAAGGAGAAAAGGGUGAAAGAGGAUUUCAAGGCUUACCUGGGCUGAUGGGAGAAAGAGGAGAAAAGGGCUCCAUUGGUGCACCUGGCAUCCCAGGGCGAGACGGCUUCAAAGGAGCAACUGGUGAGGCUGGGCUUCCUGGAGCAGUUGGACUUCCUGGGCCACCAGGAAUUAAGGGGACAGAUGGCCAGCCAGGUCCCCCUGGACGCCAAGGUUAUGUUGGAGCACCUGGUCUACAAGGAGAAAGAGGAGAAAAGGGACCCAGGGGAGAAAAGGGGGAACCAGGCCUUGAUGGUUUUCCUGGAAAACCUGGUUUGGAGGGUAAACAGGGCUUCAAAGGAAGUCCGGGUGAACCAGGGCUCAUGGGACCCAGAGGAGAAAAGGGUGAAAUAGGACCUCCAGGAAAACCUGGCUCAGCAGUGCAGACUGAAGGUUUGAAAGGAGAGCAGGGAGCUCCAGGUCCUCGAGGGCCAAUAGGACACCCUGGAACACCAGGCAGCCCAGGACCUCCAGGACCAGAGGGCAAGCCCGGACUUCCUGGAUUACAAGGUCAAAGGGGCAAGAAGGGUGAGAUUGGUCUUCCAGGAAUUGAUGGAUUGCCAGGACCUGUCGGUCCCCCAGGAUCUCCUGGAGUUGCUGGUUCUCCUGGCCUUGCUGGUGCCCCAGGGCUGCCUGGAGAAAUGGGGAAAAAUGGACAGCAGGGACCACCUGGUUUACCUGGAAAAUCUGGUCUGGAAGGCUUACCUGGACUUCCUGGUUCAAAAGGAGAGCGAGGAGACAGAGGAGAAGAUGGUUUUCCUGGGAAAAUGGGACCCAAGGGUGAAACUGGAGAGCCUGGCCGACCUGGUCUUGUGGGCGAAAGGGGUGAAGCUGGCCUUCCAGGCCCAUCUGGUUUGCCAGGACUGAGAGGAGAAAAAGGAGAUCAUGGUGAAAAAGGGAGAGCUGGGCUUCCUGGCUUCAAAGGAGAAAGAGGUGACAAGGGUGACGUUGGCGCCCCUGGCCCCCCAGGCUUACCAGGAACGACCUCCCUGAUGACACCUCAUCCUAGAGUCCCUGGUGAACAGGGGCCAAAAGGUGACAAAGGUGACCGAGGAGAAAGAGGUGAACCCGGAGGACCAGGAAUUCCAGGUGAACAAGGGCCACCUGGCCUUACAGGGCAGAUGGGUAUUAAAGGACAAGAAGGAGCCAUAGGUGUACCUGGAGCCCCAGGAGAGGCUGGUGCUCCUGGACCUGCAGGCCCACCCGGCCCAAGAGGCCUUCCCGGAAAUGUGGGUGUACCUGGUGAUCCUGGCCGGCCAGGAAAUGAUGGGCAAAAGGGAGAAAAGGGGGAUUUUGGAAAAGAAGGGAAACCAGGACCACCUGGGCCUAGAGGUGAGACAGGACCUGCUGGAGAACCUGGGUUAACCGGCAAGGGUCGAGAUGGAGAAAGAGGUGAAAGAGGACCACCAGGUUUACCUGGAGCCUAUGGACCCAAGGGAGAUAGAGGUGCUCCCGGUGUUCCAGGACAGCCAGGAGACAGAGGCAUACCAGGGGUUGGACUUGCUGGACCACCUGGACCUGUGGGACCACCAGGAGACAAAGGGCCUUCGGGUCCCCGAGGUUUGCCAGGCAUCCAAGGCCCACCUGGACCAUCUGGCCAAGAUGGUUUACCAGGAAAUCCAGGUGAACGAGGGCCUCCAGGAAAACCAGGUGCAUCACCCAUUCUCUCACCUGGUGAUAUCAACCUCUUGGUUAAGGAUGUUUGCAGUGACUGUCCCCCUGGACCUCCUGGACUUCCUGGAAUGAUCGGAUUCAAGGGCGAUCGAGGGCCCCCAGGACCACCUGGUAGUGAAGGUCCAGUUGGAAAGAUGGGGGAGAUUGGUCCCAGAGGUCACCAUGGACCACCUGGAAUGGAAGGUCCCAAGGGUCCUAAAGGGGACCGUGGGUCAUCUGGUGAGAUUGGUCCAAAGGGUGAGCAGGGCCAUCCUGGAAUACCAGGCUUCGUGGGUCCACCUGGAACCUCAGGUCCUCCUGGACCAGAGGGACCCCCAGGGCCAACAGGACCACCAGGAAACCCUGGAGAAAUAGGUAAAGAAGGACCACCAGGACCUCAGGGGCCACCAGGAUUGCCAGGACUUGUGGGUAUUGCUGGGAAGGAGGGAAAAGAUGGCAAGCCAGGGCCUCCUGGAGAAUCAGGCAAGCCAGGAGAACCUGGGCUCCCAGGACCAGAGGGAGGGAGGGGGCCACCGGGUUUUAAGGGACCCCGAGGAGAUGCAGGGCCCCCUGGCUCAAGGGGAGAGGCUGGCCAACCAGGAACUCCUGGCCGGGAAGGCCAACCUGGAAAAGAUGGUGAUCCAGGCCCUAGAGGUCCUGAGGGCCCACGAGGACUUAGAGGACUUGCAGGCAAGAAUGGACCACCAGGACCACCAGGUGAAGCUGGCCCUCCAGGGAGCAUAGGUCAAAAAGGAAGUAAAGGUGAGACAGGAAGCCCAGGACUUCCAGGAUUCAUAGGACCACGUGGACCUCCAGGAGAACCUGGAGAAAAGGGCCCUACAGGGAAAGAGGGCACUCCAGGGAAACCAGGUGGACUUGGAGAUAAAGGAGACAAAGGAGAUCCUGGGUCUAAAGGUGAAAAGGGAACUGCAGGAGAAAAAGGGCCACCUGGGGAACCUGGACUUCCAGGCCGAAAAGGACACACCGGGUUAAUGGGCCCACCCGGACCUUCGGGAGACGUAGGGCAGGCUGGACCCCCUGGCUCACCAGGACAACCUGGAUUUCCUGGGCCCAGGGGGGAUUCUCCAUCAAUGGAAACUUUGCGAAGACUUAUCCAGGAAGAGCUAGGAAAACAACUGGAUGCCAGACUGUCCUACCUUGUGAGUCAGAUGCAGCCAGCCCAUGUCAAAGCACCUCCAGGUAGGCCAGGACCUCCAGGACCACCAGGGAAGGAAGGCCCUCCAGGUAGAACUGGUCCACUCGGUGAACCUGGCAGACCUGGACAGCCGGGUUCUGAAGGGCCAGUGGGACCGAUGGGACCGAAGGGUGAUAGAGGAGACAAAGGAGAAAAAGGAGAUGCAGGCAUUGGUCAGAGGGGUGAAAAAGGUCCACCAGGCAUACCAGGUGUUCCAGGUGAACCUGGCUAUGGCAAAGAUGGGGUACCUGGAGCACAAGGCCCUCAAGGUGAUGCAGGUAUACCUGGUCCUUUGGGUCCUCCAGGUCCUCCUGGACCCAAUGGACAAUGUGACCCAUCUCAGUGUGCUUACUAUGCAAGCCUGGCUGCCAGACCCAGCAACGUCAAGGGGCCUUAAAACCAUCCAUGGACCUCUUAUGGACCUACUUCUGAAAACUUGAAUGAAACAAGGAAGUAGUCAGGAGAUCCAUCGUAUUUCUUUGGAAGAGGCCUUUUAGACAAUUAAAACCAUCCAAUGCUGCCGGUCGGUCAAGUUAAUUAUGAUUAUUUGAUAUUGUUUUAUGAGACAAUGAGUCAUUUCUUUUUUUAAAUUUUGUGUUGUUUUUGUGUUCUCGAAUGUCAGGGACAGAUUUUAAACAACUUUUUUUAAUUUUAAAAACAAAAAGAACAAAAGAGAGAGUUUUUAAAUAAAUAAAUAUUGACAAUGAAGUGUAA